AUGAGGGUUAAGGGUAGAAUUGGAAUUUCAUAGUAGAAAGGGAGCGAAAGUAACCGUGAGGGAAUGUUGGGAAACCCUUCUGAACAAAAACCACCGCCAAGAAACCCUCUUUUCAAAUCUUGAAUCCAGUUCAAACCGAAAUGGUUCGAGCCCACCCAUUAGAUUCAGAAGCGGAAGAAACUGAGAGUUCAAGUUCAGAAGAAGAAAUCGGUGAGCCUAAUCGUAAUGGGCAAAAACAACCGGAAGUAUCAGAGUACGAGAAGCGGAGGCUAUCCAGAAUUGCUGAGAACAAAGCCAGAAUGGAAGCCCUGGGACUCUCCAAAUUGGCUUCUUCCUUCAUGGGUUCAUCUCAGAACUCCAAUAAGCGUAAAGGGAAACGCAAGGUCGUUGAAGACGACGAGGAUUAUAUGCCUAAUGAUGAUGGUGAUGAUGAUGAUGAUGAUGAUGGUGCUAACGAACUUGAUGAUGAUAAAAGUUCCAGGUCUAACAAAAGGAAGGUGAAGAGUAAAAGCCCAAAAUCUAAGAAGAAAACUUCUCAAAAGCAAUUGAAUAGCGCAGAUUACAUUGAUGAAGACACUGAGUUGAUGCAGGCAAUUGCUCUUUCACUGCAACAUUCUGCUGAAGUUCCAGGUUCUACUUUAAAUGAAAAAAAGGGACAAGCUCGCGCUCAGGAAGAUACAGGAAGGGGCAAGAGAAAAAAAUCGCAGUUCACAAGUCGGGUACAAAUGACUGAAGAUGAAGUGAUCUUACAUUUCUUUCAGUUUGAUGAAUCAGGAAGAGGUAUCAUAAGUAAAAGAGACUUGCGAAGAGUAGCAGUUGCACAUGAUUUUUUGUGGACAGACGAGGAGUUGGCUGAUAUGGUUCAUUGCUUUGAUAGUGAUGGAGAUGGGAAGCUAAAUCUUGAUGAUUUUCGGAAGAUUGUCAGCCGCUGCAAUAUGAUACAAGCAUCUGAUAAUUCUUGAUGGAUUUAAAGUCACAAAAUCUAGUUCUACAGUGUCCAUUUUCCACACACGGUGAGAAAGUGGUGAUUAUGUUUUUAUAUGACAAUUUUUUUUAGUUCUUUAUUAUUACAUAGGCAGAGAAAGAUGUAUCAGAAUCUUCAUGGAAAUCAAUUAACAUUGUUUCACAAAGAUUUUGAUGUGAUUUUCCCUCUCUACCAUAAAAUCUUGUCAAAUGCUUUUACAUAAGAUCUUAAAUCAUUGAUUAUUGGUUGAGUUUGAAUUUAGCCAGUAAUCAGUGAAGAACUUAACACCCCUCCAUCCCCUAACUUGUAUGAACUCAUAUUAAAAAUGGGGUGUUCAUUGAUUU